UUGAAUCAUUGUUUGUAGGCUCCGGCAAUACAACCGACCAUCAUCUCAGUCAAACGUCUCACCUGCAGCUACCAGCAACGCAAACGGCUUCCCGUCUCUACCGCCAUGUUCUGUCUCCGAAGUUGGCUUCCUCUUCUCUUCAUCCCGACAAACGCUUCUCCCGCCUUCAUAUUCCUAUUCUUCGUUUGCACAUACUUCCUAAAUAGGCCCUGCGUUUACUGCUCCGUCCUACUCCUGAUACUCUUCGUCACUUCAUGUUACUGGUCGGAUCGAUGUUUCUUCGACUUUAGUAGCAACUGGUUCGCCCCGCGACCUCCGACGUCAUCAUGCCCUUCGAACGCGACGACAAUACCCGACCCUGCUAUCGCCGAAUUCAAUGCUACCGCUGUCGAGAUGCUUAACACCACCGCCAGCGCUCUUGCUAGCGCAGCAGCCGAAGAGCUAGCUAAGCGAAAAGAAGAGUGGACAGGGCUCGGGAUCGAAUGGUUGCGAAGCCUGUUAGGCCGAAGGGAGUGGAGAAUCGAGUGUAUGGACCUAUAUAUACGACUAUAGAUUCGUGCAGUUUGUUCCAAAGAGAUUAUAAUGUUAAGCGCGAUCUCGUCCUGUGGGCUUCUGAAGUUAUACGGAGAAACAAUUGCAUGGCAUCGGCGUUGGUUGGACUGCAGUUUAGCUGCCUCUCUAAGUAUACACAAAUCUAUCGACUCUUGGAUAACCGAUCUUAUACUCUGAUAUACUAUAUGGGCCAGACUAUGGUUUGUUGUUUAGGUAAA